AUGGGUUCUAUAGUGUUGAAAAGUUUAUCCAUCCUCUUAGGAGUGUUUUUUAUUUUCGUUGGGAUUACCAAGCUAACCCCAUUUAUUUCCAAGGAACUGCACAAAGAUUUGAGAAAAGAAUAUGUUAGGUAUGCUAAAGUCUUUCCAUUAUCCGAAGCUUUGGACUUCAAACUACCUUCUAAAUGGUACAGAAGAGCUGUGGGUGGUCUCGAAAUAUUAUUCGGAUUGGCUCUUGCACUUCUACCUAGUCAUAAAAUUAAAAACACAGCAAACAUAGGGCUGCUAUUAUUGAUGAUAUUGGCAGCAUAUUCUCACGUGAUGGUUGGCGAUCCUUUCGACCGCUGUGCCCCAGCGUUGGUGUUCUUCUUUAUGCUUAGUGGACGUCUCGUCGUCUGGUAUCAGAUAAGCCGUCGAGAAGAAAUGGAGCGAUCGGCGGCGACACAGAAUGGGAAUGGGCUCAAGAGAGAAUAA